AUGGCUUCAACCGACGAAUCGCCCGGUCGGACUCCGGCAAGCCAUGGGGGAACAGGGCCAUGUCAGACGGCCGGAAAACCCAUGACGAUGGGACAGAAAAUAAUCGAGAAAGGAUCGGAGGUGAUGCAGAGCUUCAAGCCAAUAAAGCACAUGAGCCAGCAUGUUUGUACUUUCGCUCUGUACAGUCAUGACUUGGGUCGGCAGCUGGAGACUCAUCACUAUAUCUCCCGUCUCACUGAGGACUUCCUCCAGGCCGCCGUCUACGAUUCUGAUCAACCUAAUGCUCGUCUCCUUGGAGUUGAAUACAUAUUGUCGGAUAGGUUAUAUGAAGGGUUACCAGCGGAGGAGCAAAAGCUUUGGCACUCCCAUGCUUACGAGGUGAAAACAGGACUGUGGAUUCAUCCAGAGCUUCCAGAAAUGGUGGCCAGACCAGAGCUGGAAAGUCUUGCGAAAACCUACGGCAAGUUCUGGUGCACUUGGCAAGUCGACCGAGGUGAUAGGCUGCCAUUGGGAGCACCGGCUUUGAUGAUGUCACCACAGGGAGUGGCGUUAGGAAAAGUGAAGGAGGAACUGGUAGAGAAGAGAGAUCAGAAAUACAACAUAUCAAGAGAAGCUUUGGAGGAGAAGAGAGUGGAAAUAGCAGAACCGGAGUGGAUUAAUCCGCAGGCUGAUUACUGGAAGCAGAAUGGGAAAGGCUUUGCCAUUGACAUUUCGACCGGCUGA